AGCUCCUCGUUGGGCGAGAGCUCGCCCGGCGGCUGGGGGGCGGAGCCGGCCGCGACGGCCUCGGCCGCGGCGGAGGAGGAGCUGCGCGUCGACGUGACGGACGGCCGCGCGUACACCAAGGCGGACUUCAUCUCCUUUUACGGCGGGACGGCGGAGUGGGAGAGGAGCCCCGUCUUCCGGCCGCUGCCCGCAGCGGGCGGCGCGGCAGAGGGCGGGCACGCCGUGGCCGACGCGGAGGAGGAGGAGACCACCGCUUCCUCGCUAAAGAGCCACCUGCACCACCUGUCCAAGGGAGACCUGGCCGGAGUUGUGGCGGAGGCGCAGCGGCAGCAGGAGGCGGACCCGACGGGCAGCAAGGUGGUGGACAAGUUCGACGCAAAGAUGAGCAAGUACGACCCGACGGGCGGCAUGGUGCACGACGGUGCGACGGCGUACAAGGACAUUGCGGCCGACCUCUUUGGUUAG